CUGUCUCCUCGCUCUCUCCCUCCCUGUGAAGCGAACAGGGGGGAGAGGAUCAUUAAAAAAAGCCAGGAACGGCGACAGUGACAGCGCCUCCGGCUCCGGCGCCUGUGCGCGAUCCUCCAACACUCGCACCAAUGCGCGCGCUCACCCAUCUCCACCAGACACCGCCGCAUCACACCAUUGAGCCCGCAGUCUGAUAUUUACCCCCCAUUUUAUUGUUGUUGAGCAUCCGACAUACGACCAACCAACCAUCGAGACGCAAACACUUCCAUUUCAACCCUUCAUCUGAAUGACGGGCGGACGGUUCGACUUCGACGAUGGCGGCACUUUCUGCGGUGGAUGGGAUGACGGAAAAGCCCACGGACAUGGCAUCUGCACCGGCCCCAAGGGCCAGGGCGAAUACUCCGGGUCCUGGUCCAACGGGUUUGAGGUAGUCGGGGUGUACACCUGGCCCAGUGGGAAUACAUACAAGGGCUACUGGGCUCAGGGGAAGCGGCACGGGCUCGGCGUGGAGUCCAAGGGGAGGUGGCUGUACCGCGGGGAGUGGAGUCACGGAUUUAAGGGUCGGUAUGGGGUUCGCCAGAGUCUCAAUACACCUGCCAGGUAUGAAGGCACAUGGAGUAAUGGACUGCAAGAUGGUUAUGGGGUCGAGACAUACGGGGACGGGGGUACAUACCAGGGCCAGUGGAUGGGUGGCAUGCGACACGGCUAUGGCGUACGUCAGAGCGUGCCUUACGGCAUGGCCACUGUCAUCCGCUCCCCGCUGCGCACCUCACUGGCCUCCCUCCGCAGCGAGCAGAGUAACGGCUCUGUCCUGAACGACCACAUGUCCGACAGCCCUGCUGGCACCCGCGGGGGCUUUGUCCUGAACUUCCACAGCGACAGCGAAGUGGGCUCCGGCAAAAAAAAGGGCCUCUUCAGAAGGGGUUCGCUGUUCGGGAGCCUCAAGCAGCUUAGAAAGUCCGACUCCCGCUCCUCCAUAUCCAGCAAGCGCAGUUCGGCGCGAAGUGACGCCACCAUGAGCCGCAUAAGCUCUAGCGACGCAAACUCCACCAUUAGUUUUGGUGAUGGAGAAGUGGCAGACGAGUACAUGCCAACUGAGGACAACGUCGAUGCCACCACAACCGAGUCGUACAUGGGCGAGUGGAAGAAUGACAAGCGGAAUGGUUUCGGUGUCAGCGAACGCUCCAAUGGGAUGAAAUACGAAGGGGAGUGGAUAAACAACAAGCGGCAUGGCUAUGGGUGCACAAUUUUCCCUGAUGGGACGAAAGAAGAGGGGAAGUACAAAAAUAACGUUUUGGUGCGUGGUAUCAAGAAGCAGCUUAUUCCCCUCAAAAACACCAAGACAAAGCAGAAAGUGGACCGUGCCGUUGAGGGAGCCAUAAGAGCGUCUGCCAUUUCCCGAACAAAAGUAGAAAUCGCCACCUCAAGAACCGCACACGCCAGGGCCAAAGCAGAGGCAGCUGACCAGGGCGGUCUGUCUGCCAGCCAGGACUCUGAUAUCGCCAGAGCAGUGGCCAGAGAACUGUCCCCCAACUUCCAUCAACCAGGCCCUGACUAUAUCAAGCAGAGGUUCUCCAGUGAGCCCAUUGAGAUUAAAGAAGUACCAGAAGAAAAGAAAGAGAAAUCGCCUUCAGGAAGUCCGCACUUUUAUCGCAAAGGCACAACCCCAAACCAGUCCCCUUCCCAAAGCCCCGGUCCUACACCACCUCCCUCACCCCCCCUCAGCAAGAAAAAGCCCUUCUUUAACAGAAGUGCCCCUAAAGCCAUCAAAGAAAACAAGCCCCCUGCUGCCGAAAACCUGGCAGCGGGCGCCACCAAGGCUACUUCCAGGAUAUCAGAAAAACAGGAAGUAAAACAGGAGGUAGUACCUGUAGCCAAACCCUCCAAGCCGCCGACGCCGGUCGCCAAUGCCUCCAGCCCUGGGAACGGUGAGCUGCACUCCCAGUAUCAUGGAUACUUUGUGAAGGCUGAGGUGAUGAUGCCACCUGAUGAUCUGGAGGAUGAAGAACACCAAGCAAUGCCGACUGCUCUUGCCAGGAUGCCCCCACCUGCAAAGCAGUACCGUGCACCGACACCCAAACCAGUAAUGGCCAAAGAGAGCAAACCCGAGCCCAAACUGAAGAAACAAGAAUCAUUGAAGCCAAAGAGCCUAGCAGAAACUAAGAAAGCCAGCAUGGAAAUUACUACUGACAUUGUUGAGGAGGAAUCAGGUCCCAACUCAAUAUUGGUCAUUCUAGUGAUGCUGAUAAAUAUUGGACUGGCAAUUAUUUUUGUCCAUUUUCUCACUUGACGGAACAUUAAACUCAGCUGUGCCUGAAUGUUAUUCAACAUAAUUACUUACCCUCUAACUGUUUCGACCCUUCAGUGAGCUCAUGAAAACUAGCGGCAUAGGCCCCUAAUUCUCCGCAGUUGCGUCAAUGGCCUUUAAAACAAAAUGACGCCAGUCAGACUCAGACACAGGCAAAGGACUGGACGACUGGAAUUAGAGCAAAUCAUGGGAGAAAGACGAAACCCGGACCAUUCGGCCUGAGCCAACCCAGUUCCUCUGGCGAUGAUUUGUUACUCGCUUGGGCUCUGAAAGCUGAAGCAAGCAGUCGUUGGGAAAGAAAAAGAAUCUGCUGAUCCAAGCCGUACCCAGUCAAGUGCAUGUCCACCCCCGCUGCUAUGGGGAGGGGUGGAAUGGGGGGACUUAACUGGAUAUGUUCGGAGAUGCACUUUUAGUUGACAGAAGCAAACAGCUGCCUUACUAUUUUACCAACUGACGUUUUAAAGGGGAGAUGUGCAGUGGGUUGCCAGUGUGUUUGGGCAGCAGGAGUGUGUACCAGUGUCCGCUUUCCACUUGGUUCAAAACACCAUGCACAUUUUGAAAGGGUCACUUGCCAGUCUUAUUCCAUUACCCAUCUCUACAGCCUUGUCUAACAUCUGCUCCUGUUUUAGGAGAUUCAUCCAUGACAUGCCUGUGCAUGGUACUGGUUUAACGACUUUGUCUUGACGUUUUUCUUUCUGUUGUGUUCUUUUUUCUGCACCUGUAGCUAAAGAUGAUGAAAAUAUCUAUUCUCAUUCUCAGAAAUCAAACUUGAAAAUAACAGCACGUUACAGUUGUAACUUUAAGAUGACCUACUGAGACAACAAAAUCAAAUAUUAUUUAUUGAAAUAUUGGCUUUUGAAAAAUGCAAGUACAGUGCGUGGUUUGAUUUAAAAAAAAUAUUUAUUUGAAGUAUUAUUGUAAAAUUGUGUGUAUUUUUCAAAAAAAAAAAAAAAAAAAAAAGGUAUGUUUGUAGUAUGUUUGACAUUGUACUUACUGUAGGGUAUAAUGCAUGGCUUUUAUUUUUUGAUAAAUGACUAAAUGUUACAUUUUGCACCUUUAAUCUUCAUGGCCUGAUAUACUGUGCCCUCUAACCCCCCACCCUCCCCUAAACUCCCUCGCUCUACCCCUUAACUUGACAUGUGCAGAGCGGUACCUGCCUCAAUAUUAUGCCUGCAAAAUUGUGUUGAAUACAUUCAGGUCGACCCACUGGUUAUAAAUGCGAAUGUAGAGAUGGCUGCCUUUAAAGAAUUUAUAACAGUGUUAUAGUUUACCUCAGACAAUAUGUGAUUUUUGAAAUGUUGUCUUAAUUAGAAAUUUUGUGGAAAUCUGCAGUUAUUCUCCAUUAUUUUAGUCUGGUGGUGCAUGAAGAUGUGGUUGCAAUUAAUGUGCACAUGGUGCAUUUGCACCAGUAUUUAAAUGACAAAUGUAUACAUAUAAAUAGAUAUAUUUUAUAUACAAAGUCAGAAUAUAUUUAGUCAACAGUUGGACAGUUAAUGGCCUUGACUAAAAUUACAGCACAGCAUAUUUUGCUGAUUGAUUCGAACAUCCUGCAUGCACGUCGUAUUUGGGUGCCACGGAUGUGGGGCUGUAUGUGUCGUGUGAAGAAUGAAUUUCAGCAGUAACAGGCUGACUAUUUUUACAGAGGUUUUGUCAGACUGCGAGAGUAUGUGAGAGGGAAGGAGGAGGGAAGAGAAGAGCAUCAGAAUGGAUGAUGGCUUGUCAUUUGACAAGAGAGAUUAAUCUUCAAAUGUAGAACAGACUUAUUUUUAAAGAAUUAUUUAUUUUUUCCUUUUGUGGCAGGAGGAAACACCAUUGAUUUACACUCAUCGGCUAUGUACAUGGCUAUUUUUAAUUUGUUUUGUUUUGUAUUUCUGUUUAUAUUCCAUCCUGACCUGAUGCAUAUUAGAUGUAAUUAAAAGUUCCCCAUGGAAUUUGGCAUUUGUUAAACAAAUAAAGAUUUUUGUCAUUUUGUUUUUAAGCAUCUCUUUACCAAGCAAAGUUACAAUUUCUGUAUUUAAAAAAACAAAAAAAAACAAAAAAACAGCAAGAUUUUAAGAUGUUUUGGUGUAAAACAGCAUUUAACUCUUUCGUGCUGUCACGAUUGAAGAUCCAGCGUAGCUCUUACUGGGUCAAAUUUACCAUACAAAACUUCACAGUGGAAGAAUCUAGACUGCACUGAAGUUUUAGGCUAAAAAGUUGCAGUAAAUCUGUGUUAAAGAAUAAACCGGAUUAAACAAAUGACCUGCAACAGCACGGAAGGGUUAAAUACGGCAUUUGAAAUGGCUUUAAUAUGUCAAUGUAAGAUCUUCACAUUUUCAAACUCAUUUGAAUGUAUUGUUUUCAUUUUAAAGGUUGAUGAAAGUUUUGAUAUGAACUGUCCCACGCAUCUUAAUGACACUGAAACGUAUAUAUAAAUAAAUUGUUUUUUGUUUUUUUUUGGAAAGUAUUGAUAUAAAUUAUAAUUAAAAAGGUGACUUUGCAAAGUCUU